ACUGUACUCGAUGGCUGUGAUGUGAACGCUGGUUCCAGAAGCAAACGAUAAAAAAGGCAUUUAUCAGUUCUGGAGAGCCUGGGAUUAUUUGUGACCUGCAGAUGCAGACAUGGGAAGGCCAGUGAUCAUACUUCCUCUGAUCCUAAUUUUUGUGAUGCUGAUGAUGACAGAAGGGAAAAAUUGUGUGUGCAGUGGAAAAUCAAGAUGCCACUGUAAGGGAGUAAAAGGCAGUCGGGGAGACCGAGGUUUUCCAGGAGAUCAAGGUCCUCCUGGACCAAAGGGCCAUCCAGGUUCCAUGGGUCAUCCUGGGUCAAUGGGACCAAAGGGCAACACUGGACGUGACGGACCCACUGGACCAAAAGGCGAUCCAGGAACAGAAGGCAAAGAAGGAUUUGCUGGGUCUCAUGGAUUACCGGGUAUUCCAGGAUUACAGGGUCCUACAGGACUACCAGGGUUCUCAGGCUGCAAUGGAACAGACGGAGAUAAAGGACCUCGCGGUGCUCCCGGUGCCCCUGGUCCUUAUGGACAGCCAGGUCUUCCAGGUUUACCUGGACAAAAGGGUAACUCUUGGGUAGUUCCUCAUGCAAAGCCGGGGCCACCUGGGACACCGGGGAAAAGUGGAGAUCAUGGACAUCCAGGUUCCCCUGGAGAACAAGGGCAAAGCGGUGAUCAUGGACUAAGAGGACCUAAUGGGUUGCAAGGCCAUCUGGGGUCUACAGGAUCUAAGGGUCAAGAAGGUACAAGUGGUGCUCCAGGACGUCAAGGACAGAAAGGGAGACAAGGCCCACCUGGCCCACCUGGGCCACCAGGGAGGAUUAAAGAUUAUUUCUCAGGCAGUCUGGUCUUAAAGGGUCUGAAAGGAGACAAAGGCAAUCCAGGAGUCAAAGGCUGCAAGGGUGACCAAGGAGACCCUGGUUAUGGCCAUCUCACAAAAGGAACAAAGGGAGAUCGAGGACCCCCGGGCCCAGAAGGAAAAUUGGGGAAGGACGGCGAUGUAGGACAUCCUGGUGUUAGGGGAAAAUCUGGUCCAAGAGGUAGUCCAGGAUACCCAGGGACACCAGGAGACUGGGGUGAAAAGGGAGACAGGGGUCGUACUGGCCCACCAGGAGCUGCAAUUUCACUUCAGCCACUCAAGGGAUACAUUGGAGAUCCCGGUCUUCCAGGGAUCCCUGGGUACCCAGGUCUUCCAGGUUCUAUUGGAUUUCCCGGACCACCUGGACCUCCAGGUGAUUCACAUGGGUUUAUUGCGCCAGGCCCACCUGGUUCCCCUGGCUUUCCAGGACCAAGAGGAGACCCUGGAGAGUCAGGAGGUGUUUACACAGGCCCUCCAGGCCCAGAUGGGGAUUCUGGUGACAAAGGGCCUCCAGGAGACCGAGGUCCACCUGGGCCCCCUGAAGACAGAACUAACAGGACUACUAGGGGCCUUCCUGGAAUGAAGGGAAUGAAAGGUUUUCCAGGACCUUCAGGACAUAUUGGGUCAUUUGGAAAGAAAGGAGAGAAGGGGGAGGCUUGUUAUGAAUGUAACGCAUUAGGAACGCCAGGACAACCGGGUUCCCGUGGUCCACCUGGUAUUCCCGGCACCGUUCAAGGACCAGGUGAGAAAGGUGACCAAGGCUUUCCAGGACCUAAAGGUUUACCUGGACAACCAGGUCCCAUUGGUUUCAUAGGAUUCCCAGGCCCUUCAGGACAAAAGGGAGACUCAUAUUCCUAUGGAUCUCCUGGAUUAAAAGGGGGAAAAGGAGACCCUGGAUACCCCGGCAGACAUGGUGAAGGUGGUAUCCCUGGGCCUCCCGGAUUGCCAGGGAAAAGAGGCAAUAAAGGGCUUCCAGGGGAUUCGUAUCAUUUUCCUGGUGGAGAGGGAGACCGUGGAUUUCCAGGUCAAUCAGGACCUAUCGGCGAACCUGGACCAGUUGGCUACGAUGGCAGAGUUGGAGACGGACCUCCUGGAUUCCAAGGGAUCAAAGGAGAUCCUGGGGUACCUGGCCUGCUAGGAGAGCCUGGACAUCCGGGCCAAAAAGGGGAAUCUUGUUGUCUAAACCCCAAAGGACCUGCAGGACCACCUGGAUUUAUAGGUGUGCCUGGUUUACCAGGAAGCCCAGGGCACCAGGGGGUACCAGGCAUCCCAGGAAAACCAGGUUUUCAAGGAGAAAAAGGAGAAAAAGGGGUGCAUCCAGGAAGGACAGGUCUCCGAGGAGAAAAGGGAGAUAAGGGGCAACCAGGUCUUCCAGGUGCUCCAGGUAGAGGUUUUCAUGGGAAAUCAGGUCCACAAGGCCCGCCUGGUCCUCCAGGAGAAAAGGGUGAUAGCGGAGUUGGAAUCCCUGGCCUUCCAGGCCCACCAGGGCCCUCAGGUGAAGUUGGAGCUCCAGGACCAGCAGGUGAUCCUGGGAUUCCUGGUUUCCCUGGAAAUCCAGGACGAAGUGGAAAACCUGGCUUUCCAGGAGAAAAGGGAAGAAUGGGUUCUGUAGGCCCUCCAGGAUUGCCUGGUACCAAAGAUUCAUGUGUAGGAUUGCCAGGACCAGAAGGACUGCCAGGGCCAGAUGGCUCUCCAGGACAUCCAGGAGACAAUGGGGCACCUGGUCAAAAGGGAGACCCUGGUGUGCCCGGGUAUGGUCAUCCAGGUCCUCCUGGUGAACCAGGUUUCCCUGGUUUAUCAAUCCCUGGUUCACCAGGGCAUCCUGGACAAAAAGGUGCAGAGGGACAAAAUGGCCUGCCUGGUCGGCCAGGAACCAGAGGAGACCCUGGUCACGAUGGAUUACCAGGAUCUGGAUCUGAGGGAUUGCCUGGAGCUGUAGGGCCACCUGGCCCAAGAGGGGAUCCUGGCCCAGACGGCAGCAAAGGUGUCCAAGGUUUUCCAGGUUUCAAAGGGGACCCAGGCCCCAGCGGUCCUGUAGGGCCCCCAUCCCCACCACUAAACGUAACAGGGCUACCAGGGGACCCUGGAGAGCCAGGUCAACCUGGUCUGCCUGGUGUAUAUGGUGAUCCUGGAAGCGAUGGACUAAAGGGGCAAGACGGAAGACUAGGACCACCAGGGAGUCCUGGACAAAGAGGCCCCCCCGGUGAUCCAGGUGUUGAGGUAACUGUACCUUCACCAGGAAUUCGUGGGCCACCUGGAGCACCAGGGGCCGCAGGACCCUGGGGCCAUCCAGGGCUCAAAGGUAUAAAAGGAGAUCCAGGGAUCCCUGGAAGUCCAGGACCAGCUGGUGUUCCUGGUUCAACUGGUUACAAAGGAGUUGUAGGAGAACCAAUCUAUGGAUAUGGACCACCUGGCCCAAUGGGACAAAAGGGUGAACCAGGACCCAGACUUGGAUUCCUAAAAGGUCAGAAGGGAGCACCUGGUAUUGAGGGUCUUGUUGGCCUACCAGGAAUCCGCGGAACCAGUGGAGAUCCAGGACUCCCUGGAAGAAAUGGUUCACCAGGCUAUCAAGGCCCAACAGGUGCAAAUGGCCCUCCAGGAGGGAAAGGAUACCCAGGACCUAAUGGACUCAAAGGUAGCCCAGGCCCCACAGGUAAUAGGGGUGUACCUGGUCAAAAAGGAAACCAGGGCCAAGAUGGAUUCCCUGGGCCACCAGGGCAGAAAGGGGACACCGUCAUAGUUGCCGGAACACCAGGAAAGCAGGGUGAGCCAGGACCGCCAGGUCCUCCUGGAAGCAUUGGUGCCCCGGGUUUAUCUGUCCCAGGAUAUCCUGGAGCAGGAGGGGAAAGAGGAUCCCCAGGUCUACCUGGCAUCUUUGGUUCAAAAGGACAACCAGGAAGACACGGAGCAUGUAUUCCCGGCCCCAAAGGAGAUCCUGGAUUCUCAGGAAAUACUGGAAGCAGAGGCUAUCCUGGUCCACCUGGCCUUCCAGGUCCCACUGUACCAGGGUCCAAAGGAGAGACAGGUGGCCCAGGUCCUUCAGGAAGCCCAGGUAACCGUGGCACCCCAGGAGAUCCAGGCCCCCAAGGACCACCUGGUCCCACAGGCAUAACAGGAGGCCCAGGACCAAGAGGAGAUCCUGGCCCUCCUGGAGAACAUGGCUUCCCUGGUGACGUGGGAGACCCUGGAUACAUCCCAGGUCCAUGUGGUCCACCUGGGACCAAGGGAUUUCCUGGACCUCCAGGCCUCAAAGGUGAUCCAGCAUUUGUUGGACGGACAUAUCUACCAGGAUCCCCUGGUUUACCUGGUCCCCCUGGCAACCGAGGACCUCCAGGACCUCCUGGGCUAUCAGGACGACCUGGCCCUCCAGGUCAGCCAGGUGUCAAAGGAAGCCCCGGAAUCAGCCCCCUCGGCCCACCUGGAUUUACUGGUCACAAAGGAGACAAGGGAACAACAGGAAUCCCAGGUCCAGAAGGCAGACAUGGGAACCCAGGGCACAAAGGCCGGCCAGGUUUGCCUGGUAAAGCAGUUCCAGGUUAUGUUGACAGUUUUCUGAUAGCCAGGCACAGUCAGACCAUCCGUGUCCCUGGCUGCCCCAGUGGCUCAAGUCUUAUCUACUCCGGUUAUUCCCUCCUCUUCAUCAAUGGAAAUGAGAGAGUUCAUGGUCAGGAUCUCGGCACCAUGGGGAGCUGUCUGCCUCGUUUCUCCACCAUGCCCUUCCUAUUCUGCGACACAGAAAGAACAUGUCGCUAUGCUUCACGUAAUGACUACUCAUACUGGCUUUCAACGGACAAACCAAUGCCGACCAACAUGGUUGCCAUCACAGCGGACAACCUGGCCCCUUACAUUAGCAGGUGUUCAGUGUGCGAAAUCCCCUCCAAUGUCAUCGCCAUCCACAGCCAGACAACUAAGGUACCUGAAUGUCCUAGAGGCUGGGAAUCCCUUUGGUCUGGGUACUCAUUUGUCAUGCAAACGGGUGCCGGGGCAGAAGGAUCCUCCCAGCCCCUUAUAUCUCCUGGCUCAUGUUUGGAACAUUUCCGUCAAGUGCCCUUUAUUGAGUGUCAUGGCAGAGGGACUUGUAACUACUACCCUGAUUCCUACAGCUACUGGCUGGCCUCUCUUGACCCAAACAACAUGUUCAGUAAGCCAGCUCCUCAGACAGUAAAGGGACUUUCUUCGCAGAGUAUCAUCAGCCGUUGUCAAGUUUGCAGAAAAACAUUACAAAGUGCUGAAAGUGACAAACGUGGAGACAGUUUUUGAAAGUAUAAAAAAUGGGAAAUGUGACAUACAGUAGUGUUAAUAUUGUCUAUCAAUGCCUUUAAUAUUUUUUUUUUGUUUUUUAAGUUGUUUAAUGUUGAUAAUCUGCUUUUUGCCUUCAUUUUUAUGGCCAUUUCAAGAUUUCUCAUGAUUAUGUACAUUAUUCAAAGCCAUUAUGACUUACAGUUAUAAUGUUCUACAAGUGCUAAUUCCUCAUGCUUUUAGUUCAUAUAUUUCUUGUACAAACUUAUUUCACUCUUUUCUCAGAUUACUCUCAUAUUAGUCAGUCAAAGAACAUGUUGAAUAACAAAACAGCUAACUCUACCUCCCAAUUCAAAUGACCAUAUAACGAAAACAUUGAAAUUGUCUAAAUGUCUUUUUUUGAUGGAAACAACAGCCAGACUACUGAGGAAUGAUAACCCAUCAGGGCACCGAUCAGUCAUGCCUCAUUGCGAGUGGCCUGACUGUUCCAGUGAAGUCCAGUCAAUGAAUGACGUCAAAAGCACUGGAUCACCACAAACAAGAAGAUGUUGUAAAUGUGAUGUGCUGGCUUCUGAAUUUCUAUGUUGUUGUGUUUUUGUACACAAACAUAGUGUAAUGUAUCCCAUUGCUCUUACAGCACUUCUUUGAACUUAAGCCUGUUAAAUGAAGCAUGAAAAGAUUUAACUUUAUGACUCACACUGCCUGCAACCCUUUCCAAUCUCUGUCAAAUGUACUGUUAUGAGCAAACGUUGUAAUCAAAAUAGAGGUGUCUCUGUGCAAGAACAAAAGUUCUUAUUAGGAUCUGAAGAAAUAGAGAAAUACUUUUUUUUAAA